AUGGCCGCGUCCACCCUGUCCGUCUGCUCCAGCGACCUGAGCUAUGGCAGCCGCGCCUGCCUGCCCGGGUCCUGCGACCCCCGCACGGACUCCUCCUGGCAGGUGGAUGACUGUCCAGAGAGCUGCUGUGUCCCCACCUGCUGUGUCCCCAGCUGCUGUGAACCCUCCUGCUGUACCCUCGUCUGCACCCCAGUGAGCUGCGUGUCCAGCCCCUGCUGCCAGGCGGCCUGUGGGCCCAGCCCCUGCCAACCAGCCUGCACCAGCUCCUGCCAGCCUGUGUGCUGCACCUCCUCCCCCUGCCCGCAGGCCUGCUGUGUGCCCGUCGGCUGCACCCCCGUCUGCUGCACCCCCGUCUGCUGCAAGCCCGUGUGCUGUGCACCCGUCUGCUUUGGAACCACCCCCUGCCCAGCCCCCUCCUGCUGCCAGCCCACCCCCUGCCCCUCACCCUGCUGCAGACCCUCCUCCUGCGUGUCCCUCAUCUGCCGCCCCGUGUGCAGGCCCGCCUGCUGCGUGCCCGCCUCCUCCUGCUGUGCCCCCUCCUCCUCCUGCCAGCCCAGCUGCUGCCGCCCGGCCUCCUGCGUGUCCCUGCUCUGCCGCCCCGCGUGCUCCCGCCCGGCCUGCUGUGUCCCUGUCGCAGCCCAGAAGUCCUGCUGCUGA